UUCACAUCUUGAAAUAGAAAGGCAUCUCUAAUGGCUCGGAUCUCCGCUUAUUCUGCUGAGAAGCAAUCCAAAUAUCUUGUUCAUGAUUGGAGCUUUAGGGGUAUCUAUCAACAUGGAUUUCGCUCUUGCCCAGAUUGUCGAAGGUUCUUCUAUGAAAUCUUAAGAAAGAAGGCCUUGUUUUUCUUCUCCGGUAAAUGUGGUGGAGAAGUAUGUAUCAGUUUCCGGAGUAAUUUUAAGGUGUCAAUGCCAUGGAUCAAGAUUUCACUUUUGGUUUUGCCAAAUCAAUUAAAAUCAUUUUAUUUUUAUUUUUGCAAUGUUUAUGGAUGGGUCGGUUUAGAAUUCAUAAAUUGCAAAAACAAUUGCACAUUUACACCACUGGUUCCCAAAGUCCCAAAGGUCUUUUGUCAACUUAAGAUAAAUCUGAAACAAGUGAAUCCAAUUUGCUCUUUAGCUAAUUCCUUCUUCUUUAGCUCGAAGCAUUAUUCAUUAAUCAGUUUGAAGCUCAAAUUUUUAUCCUCAACUUCCCAAUAAAUUGGUGAGAUUUGGACUAGGUGCUGUUGCAGUAUGACUUGACAACAACAAGUCUUCUACAACAGAUUAUCUGUGUUGCAGGUUCCAUAUUUAAUCAGGAUUCAGGGUUCAUAAGGGAAAGGAAGUAAGGGAAACUCGAAUUUUACCUUGUAGCAGUUGCUGUUUUUGUGGAUGACUCACCCAACUGGAUGCCAUUGUUUGAAGCUAAAUCAAUCAAGUUUUUUUUUUUAAUUGUAUUUAAGCUGUCUAUUUCUCCAUAACAAGAAAUUUUAAGUUCUAUGAACAAUUU